CCAGGGUUGCUGGUGCUUCUUUGCUGAGCACUUAUCGAUUGCCCCAGCCACUGCUGGCGUUCAGGCAAUCGUCGCACUGCUGGCGUUCAGCCACUACGCGCGUGAUCGCUGACACCCCUCAUCUUCGCGAUUCUGCAUUCGCCAAUCAAUCCAGACCGUCCAUUCCUCUUCCGUACAUCAUCUGAUCACUUCGCUCACUUUCGUACUUCGCCGCUUCUGAUCGAUCAUUGGCUUGUCGUUCAUCCUCUGAUCCGAUCGCCAACUCGUUGUUUUACCGACACCAACUGAUCAUCUACCGCGGAUCUCACCUUCCACUGCACUGAUCGCUCCUCCACCGCUCCUCCAUCGCUCCUCGUUCCUGAAACCACCAUCGCCGUUGUCUCUCGCCCCGUUAUCAAUACCUACGUAUCAGCAGCAUCCCCUCAUCCCACCUGCCAUUUGUCCUGAUCACCCCAGAAUCGCCCCUCGCCUGACACGUCACCCAUGGCACGUGGCCGAUCCAAGGACCUGAUCCUCGCCGCCGUCCGAUCCGCCUCCCGGCGCGGCAGCUUCAGAUCCAACGGAUCAGAUCGACGCGCGGGUCCGGCCCUCACAUCCGCUCUGCUUUCGCGAAACAGCUGCAGCGCGCCGAGCUUAGCCCCUCCCCAGGAAUCAUCUCCCUUCGGAUCGUGGGAAAGCGUCGAUGCAAAGCGCCUAUCGGCGUGGAAAAGCGUUACUUUUGGCUCGGGAGGAGGGGUCCGGUUUGCCGAACCUACAGUGCUAGGCUCGGAUGUGGCAGGAACGGGAGGGAGGUGGUAUGGAACGCAGGCUGCGAGCGAGCAGGAGGAGAAGAAAGAGCCGUGGCGUGAGGGGAUGGAGAAGAUUCGAAACAUCGGCAUAUCAGCGCACAUAGACUCGGGCAAGACAACUCUGACCGAGCGUGUGCUGUUCUACACGGGGCGGAUCCACGAGAUUCACGAAGUGAGGGGGCGGGACGGCGUGGGCGCCAAGAUGGACUCGAUGGACCUGGAGAGGGAGAAGGGCAUCACUAUCCAGUCCGCUGCCACGCACUGCACGUGGGGCGACCACCAGGUGAACAUCAUCGACACACCGGGCCACGUGGACUUCACCAUCGAGGUGGAAAGAGCGCUGAGGGUGCUGGACGGGGCUAUUCUGGUGCUGUGCAGCGUUGGGGGCGUGCAGAGCCAGUCGAUAACUGUUGAUCGGCAGAUGAGGCGAUACAGUGUCCCUCGCCUGGCGUUUAUCAACAAGCUGGAUCGUACGGGAGCAGACCCGUGGAAGGUGGUGGGGCAGCUGCGGUCCAAACUCAGACUGAAUGCUGCUGCAGUGCAGAUUCCUAUUGGCCUGGAGUCAGAUCUCUCAGGCUUGGUUGACCUCGUCUCCAUGUCCUCCAUCUACUUUGACGGACCCAGCGGGGAGAAGGUGCGGCGAGAGGCAGGCGUGCCGGACAAUCUCAAGGAGAAGGCGGAGGAGAAGAGGCACGAGCUGAUAGAGCACCUGUCAGAGGUGGAUGACGAAAUUGCCGAGAAGUUUCUCAACGACGAGCCGAUUUCAGCCGAGGAGCUCCAAGCUGCUGUCCGCCGCGCCACUCUCGGAUUGAAAUUCGUGCCUGUGUUUAUGGGGAGCGCGUUCAAGAACAGGGGUGUGCAACCGCUGCUGAAUGGAGUGGUGGACUACCUGCCAUGCCCCACGGAAGUCAGCAACCACGCGUUGGACCAGAACAAAGGGGAGGAGAAGGUGCAUCUGGCUGGAGACCCGUCAGGCCCCUUGGUUGGUUUGGCCUUCAAGCUCGAGGAAGGGAGAUUCGGCCAGCUGACUUACCUCAGGAUCUACGAGGGCACGUUGCGCAGAGGCGAAUUCAUCAUCAACUGCAGCACGGGAAAGAAAGUCAAGGUUCCUCGCCUUGUGCGCAUGCACGCUGACGACAUGGAGGACAUUCAAGAGGCAGGGGCAGGCGAGAUCGUGGCCAUGUUUGGAGUGGACUGUGCAUCGGGUGACACCUUCACAGACGGCUCGGUGCGCUUCACAAUGACCAGCAUGAACGUGCCCGAGCCAGUCAUGUCGCUUUCCAUCUCUCCGGCUUCAAAAGACGGCGGGACUCAGUUUUCCAAGGCGCUGAACCGUUUUCAGAAGGAGGACCCCACCUUCCGAGUCAGCCUGGACCCUGACAGCGGCGAGACCAUUAUAUCGGGCAUGGGUGAGCUGCAUCUGGACAUCUAUGUGGAGCGUAUCAAGAGAGAGUACAAGGUGGACACAGUAGUGGGCAAGCCCCAGGUUAACUUCCGAGAGACAGUCACUCAGAGGGCGGAGUUUGACUACACGCACAAGAAGCAGAGCGGAGGGCAGGGGCAGUACGGCCGUGUCAUGGGCUACAUCGAGCCGUUGGAAGAUGCAUCGGGCUCGGACUCCCGAGUGGUGUUUGAAAACGAGAUCGUUGGCACUGCCAUCCCGUCCAACUUCUUCCCCGGCAUUGAGAAGGGCUUCCUGGAGGCCGCCAACAGUGGCGGAUUGAUCGGCCAUCCUGUGGUCAACAUUCGCUGUGUGCUCAAUGACGGUGCUUCCCACGCUGUGGACAGUAGCGAGCUCGCAUUCAAGCUCGCUGCUCUCUAUGCCUUCAGACAGUGCUAUGAGAAGGCGCGCCCUGUGAUCCUAGAGCCCGUCAUGGGAGUGGAAGUGAAAGCACCAGUGGAGUUCCAAGGGACGAUCAUUGGGAAUAUCAACAGGCGCAAGGGCAUUAUUGUGGGUAGCGAGCAGGACGGGGAUGAGAUCACCAUCAACGCUCAGGUGCCUCUCAACAACAUGUUUGGCUACUCAACAGACCUUCGCUCCAUGACGCAGGGUAAAGGGGAGUUCACGAUGGAGUACUGGCAGCACAGCGCCGUGCCCCAGGAUGUGCAGCAGCAGCUGGUGUCAGAGCACAAGAGAGGGGGGCACUAGCAGUGUGUGUUACGGCAAUCAUAACAAGAGUGCUGGUAUGGCGUACACUGGCGGUGGCGGCGCAGUGCAGUGCCCCUGGCAGGAUGUGCAGCAGCAGCUGGCGUCAGAACUCAAGAGAGGGGGGCACUAAAGAGUUAAGUAGAAGUACUGGCAGCACAGUGCAAUGCCCCUGGCAGGCUGUGCAGCUGCAAAUGGAGUUGGUCGGAACACAAGAGAGGGGGGCACCAAGUACCACCGUAAUACAGUAAUAAACUAAAACCCAGUAUGCUGUUGUUCAAACUGGUUGAGGGGCGUUCACUAUGGAGUACACUGGCAGCACAGUGCCAUGCCCAAGGAUGUGCAGCUGCGGCUAGUGUCGGACGGAACACGAGAGGAGGGCGCAGUUUCUAAACACUAGUGAUGCGUUUAGGUAGUGUAGCUCCACAUAUUGGUAAAGAAGUUCUGCAGUGCAGUGCCCCCGCCUCAGGAUGUGCAGCUGCAACUGUGCCUCAACAUAGGAGAGGAGGGCACUAGUAGUAAGACGCAGCGGCAUAGAGCAAUCUAGCUCAGUGGAACUAGAUUGGGUAUUGGCAGCACAGCGCUGUGCCCCGGAAUGUGCAGCUGGAGCGGGUGACAGAACAGAAAACGAGGGGGGGGGGGCAUUCUACUCUAGGUGGCAUCUGAAUUCAGCAGUUAGUAACAAUGAUGCUGUUGUACAAUGGGUGUAGGAGAGUACUGGCAGCAGACAGUGCAGUGCCACAGGAUUUGCAGCCGCAUUAAAAGCUAACUUGUUAC